UUGCCAUGGCAGCGGCAGUGACGUGCGAGGCGGAAGCGGCCCCGGGCGGCAUGGGGGGCGCGGGCAGCCUGCUGCCGCGGGAGGCGCUGCGCGAGUACCAGGAGCUGACCUUCCUGAGCAAGCAGGAGAUCCUGCUUGCCUACAAGAGGUUCAGUGAGCUGCUGCCAAAGGAGCAGAGGGAGAAUGCCUGCUCCCUGCGCGUUCCCAAGAGCCAGAUCCUGACGCUGCCCGAGCUGCGGGCAAACCCCUUCCAGCACCGGAUCUGCAGGGUCUUCUCCACCUCAGAGGAGGGGGACGACAGCAUGUCCUUUGAAGACUUCCUCGACAUGCUGAGUGUCUUCAGCGACUCCGCCACCUCGGAUAUCAAAUCCCACUACGCUUUCCGCAUCUUUGACUUCGACGAUGAUGGGACUCUGGACAGAAAGGACCUGGAGAAGCUGGUCAACUGCUUGACAGGGCAAGGUGAGGAGGCCUCUCUGAGCAACGCGGAGAUGGAGCAGCUCAUCCAGAACAUCCUGGAGGAGUCAGACAUUGACAAGGACGGCACCAUCAACCUCUCCGAGUUCCAGCACGUUGUCUCCCGCUCCCCGGACUUUGCCAGCUCCUUCAAGAUCGUCCUGUGAGAGCAGAACUGCUUCUCCGGCUACCACAGCUCUUCAUGGUCUCAGACAUUUCCUCUUCCAGUGAGCAGGGCGGCAGAGGGCCCUGCGCCUCACCAGCCCGGCGGUACCGCAGUGCCUUAGGCAGGACUCCGCUCCUGCUCCCUUCUGAUGCACAGCAGGCGUCUGCAGGGCUCUGCAGCCGAUGAGUGGUCCUGGGACGCUGCCUUGCCACGGUCCUGGACACAUCCACCAGACCAGGAGGCAGCAGCUCUGCUGCCUCAGGAUCAGAUUUUAACCCUUCAUGAGCGCAGCUCUGCGGUGGGUCGGGGCUGGCACAGGGGUGCUCCUGGCUGGGGCCACGCUGCACCGAGCACAGCCCCUCUCACCGCUCACAGUACCAAUUUGUGCCUUCCACUGCUCUUCCUCGGGGCCUUCCUGCACAACAGGGAUUCUUCUGAGAAAUAAUCCACCUCGGAUGCAAUGUCCCAGCAGCGAUGCUGUCCUCUUGCCACUCUGGAGCUGCGCCUCCCUGCUUGCAGGGCUGGCCCCGGGGCAGCAGGAGCCGCAGCCGCACUCUGCCUCAGCAUCAGUGCACUCAGGGUCUGGUUUUCCUUUUCUUUUCCUCUCUGCCCCUCCUCAGGCUUGCAUUCAGCUGUGGCUCUGCAUGCUCUUCCUCUCUGUGCUUUGGAGAGGACAAAUAAAGGGCUCUGGUUUCACCCUC